ACAUUCGCAAAGGAUAAGCGAGUAAAAAUAAUCAUAACUGCGGCAACACGACUACACAAAUAUUUGUGCAAAACUGACUGAAAUAAUAAACUUAGAUAUGAAGAUUUAUGAAACCAUUAAUUUUGCUAAAGCGCGGAAAAAUGUUUCAACACUAAAAACGAAGUGAAAAGUGCAGAACUCGUGGAAACAACGAUGGAUGCCUAGAAAUGUCCAGUCAGCCGGGUAAGCUGCGAACGGGUCCCUCUGCCAAGCCCGAUCGCAAUGCCAACGAGGAGAACCAACUGGGCGCCAGGCCCAAGGAGCAGUCCAAGAGUCAGAGGAUAUUGCUCGCCCAGACAGACAACCACCAGCCGAAGAUGCUGUCGCAUCCCAACUACAUGGAGCUGGAGUUCCUGCCCGAGGAGCCACCAGCCUUGGGACCCCCGAUUACCUAUCCCGAUCUGCCAGUCAGCUAUGCCACCAGUCUGGUGGGACCCCCGCCCUACAGGGAUCCGCCGCCGCCGACUCCGCCGCCUCUGUCGCAAAUGCCCUCGCGGCUGCUCCACUCGGCUCCCAACUCUCCCAGUCGCGGCAAGGUCGUGCUCAGCAAGAAGGAGCGCAAGGAACUGAGCAAGCAGCUGGGCAUCGACGAAGCCUCGAUCCUGAGCAGCAGCGCCCAGUCGAGUCCCUACAAGGGACGCGUCAGUGAGCUCAAGAACUGUAUUGCGCGCGGGCUCUUUGCCACCUUGCAUCGCGGCUCUCAGAAGUCCCUGCAACACCAGGAUGACAGGGUCGCCAGCCAGGAGAUAUCGCCACCGCCGCCGGCCCCAGAGUCAGGCAACAAUAACGAGGAUGCGGCAGACUACUCCGAGAAGCUGAAGAAUCUGCCAGUGCGCCAGCGUAAGGUAGCCACCUCGCAUAUGGAAAACUACUGCCUGUUCGAUCCAGUGGACUUCAUCAACGAAAAGGCCAUGAGGUAUCCCAGUUCUAAUGGCCAUGGCCUGAGAGAUCCGUUGUUCAGCUCCAGGCAGCACUUGGUCUGUGAAGACGAGGACGAAACGGUGCCGGAAGUCAUAUACGACAAUGAGGAACUGGAGCUGGAGGACACCAUUAUUAUUGAGACAUCGGCUUUGCCAGAGGCCGAGUCCGAGGCGAGUGCAGGCAACACCAAGAUUCUGGCCAGCUUUGAUCACCACAACUACUUUGUCAUAGAGCCUGGGGACUUCUCCAUGGACAUAGGAAUACCCAAUCCGUACACCAAUGAGCAGCUGGUGAACGCCAAGCUGGAGCAGCAGAAUUUGGAGACGCUCUUUAGUGACUUGGAAAACCCAGCCAGUAUGUCGAAUAGCCAGGAGUCCAAGGAUACGGAAACCACUUCUACCGCCUUGGUGGAGUCGUCCACGUCCACUAACUCGGCUAGUUCUGCAGGAAGCUGCUCCAUUGCUAACCCAACCCUGCAAUCGUCGAAGAAGAAGCUGACCUUUCUCAACUUAUCACCGUUUCGGAGUGGCAAGAAGGCUGGCCAGAAGAGUACCUUUGAGCAGCAGCGAGCUAUCUCCGAGUUGGUUAGCACAGAUCACAUGUUGCAUCUGCAACAAUUGCUGCAGGAGCAGCGCCAAGAUCAAAGAUCGCACACCGUGCCGACCGAGUCCAAUUACGUGCUGUUCAAUCCUGGUCCAGUGCCCAGUCGACAUGUCCAGUACAAGAUACGGAAACCACGACCCCUGUCCACUCACAGUGAUGCGGACAGUGGUUUCUUGUCGCCGUGCUCGCCUGAUGAACUGAGAGCCAAUCCGGCCAUUUUGGUGCUGCAGCAGUGCGACAGUGUCCAGGGAUAUUUGGAGAUAUACACAGACUGGGCAAACUACUACUUGGAACGCGCCAAAUCAAAGCGAAAGGUCACAGAUCUCUCUGCUGAUUGCCGGGAUGGCCUCCUGCUGGCCGAGGUCAUUGAGGCGGUUACCAGCUUCAAGGUGCCCGAUCUGGUCAAGAAGCCAAAGAAUCAACAGCAAAUGUUCGACAACGUCAACUCGUGCCUGCAUGUGCUGCGCAGUCAGUCGGUCGGCGGCUUGGAGAACAUCACCACCGGCGACAUUUCCAGCGGCCGCCUGAAAGCGGUCCUAGCCCUCUUCUUUGCCCUCAGCCGUUUCAAGCAGCAGGCCAAGCAGACCAAGUCCAUUGGCGUUGGCGGCAGCGGCUCCUCCUCGGCCAUCCUUUCCGGCGGUUCGGUGCUGGGCAUCGGCAUAGGCGGCAGCUUGAGGACUCCCACACCAGUUACUGGGCAGCUCAAUACUACGAACCAGCAGGAGCAGCAGCAGUUGGCCCAGUCCCUGGAAAACGGCAAUGAAAUGGUGAACAGACAAAUUGCACCCGCCUAUGCAAAGGUCAAUGGCGGCACUGCCAUUCCCCUGCCCGCCACCGUGAUGGUCCAGCGUCGCUGUCCGCCGGACAAAGUGCGUCCACUGCCGCCCACACCGAACCACACGCCCUCGAUACCGGGCCUGGGCAAGAGCGGAAGUGACUUCAAUUCGAGCCGUCCAAACAGUCCGCCCACCAGCAAUCACACCAUCCAGAGUCUCAAGGGCGGCAAUAACAACAGCCUUCGACCGCCGAGCGUGAAGAGCGGCCACCAGAGCGGUAUCCCAUCGCCCAGCAGCCCGCAGACUGCUCCCCAAAAGCACUCCAUGCUGGACAAACUGAAGCUAUUCAACAAGGAGAAGCAGCAGAACGCGGCAAAUGCGGCGGCAGUGGCCAGCAAGUCGCAGAUCCAGUCAAAGCGCACUUCCUCCUCCUCGGGGUUCAGUUCCGCCCGCUCGGAGCGCUCCGAUUCCAGUCUGAGCCUGAACGACGGCCAUGGAUCCCAGUUGAAGCCGCCAAGCAUCAGCGUGGCCAACUCACAGAAGGCUCUGCCCAAGAGCAAGCAGUCCAAGCUCCUGGCUGCGCAGCAGAAAAAAGAGCAGACCAACAAGGCCAAGCUGGACAAGAAGGAGAAAAGUCCGGCGCGGAGCCUGAAUAAGGAGGAGUCCGGUAACGAGUCUCGUAGCUCCACGAUGGGCAGAACGGGCAAGAGCUCCCUGGCUCGCGCAGUGGUUGGAGUGGAGAAAAAUACACCCAAAACCUCCUCCAAGUCAUCGCUGCACUCAAAGUCUGACUCGAAGAGCUCCUUGAAGACGCCCCAGUUGCUGCAGAGCCCCAGUGGCACCGGGCUACCCAAGCCCAUUGCCGCCAUCAAGGGCACCAGCAAAUUACCCUCACUGGGUGGAAAUUCUCCAGUCCCGGAGCCCCAGCAACAGCAGCACCAUCAGCUGCUGAAGCGCGAAACCAGCGACAUAUCCUCAAACGUAUCCCAGACAGCGGCGGGUGACUCCCCCGGCACACAUAUCCUCAAGGCGGCGGCGCCAGCACCGCCCCCUUACUACGCCAACAGUCAGCCCCCACCGUUGCCGCCAGCACACAUAUCAUCUCACCAUGCCGCCCAUCCCCAAAUGGGUGGCUACCUGAGUGAGCCGAGCACUCCGCAGCACAACUCGGGCAUCUAUGGCAGCAGUCGCCUCGCGGCGCCCAAGUCCGCGCUGAGUGCUCCUCGAAAGUUGGAGUACAGUGCCGGACCGCACAUACUGGCCUCGCCACCCCACCGCCAGGGUCUGCAGCGACCCCUGGUUAACUCGGCACCCAACACUCCCACCGCCUCGCCGCACAAGUUUCACACCAUUCCCUCGAAGAUCGUGGGCACCAUUUACGAGGCCAAAGAGGAACUGCUGCCCCCUCAGCAGCAGCAACAGCAACAACAGACCUCCGCUGGGGGUUCGGUGCUGCCCAUGAGACCGCUGCUUCGGGGCUACAAUUCCCACGUGACUUUGCCCACGAGAGGAGCACGCGGUGGCCACCAUCCGCACCAGUCUUACUUGGACUUUUGCGAGUCGGACAUUGGCCAGGGUUACUGCAGCGACGGGGAUGCCCUGCGAGUGGUCAGCUCUGCAUCUGGUGGUCGCUUCCAUGACAUUGACAAUGGAUACCUUUCGGAGGGCAGCAGCGGCCUCGGCGGGCCAAGUACAUCCUCUGGAGGCAUUUCUCAUGGCAAGCACUUUCUCAGCAUGAUGCGAGCGCGCACACAACUGCCUACGACCAUUGAAGAAAGAAUUCGCAAUAGUCGCGGCUCUUUGGACAGCAUCGGAACCGCCGCGAACGGCAGCUCAGUAGCCAGCCAGGCCAGCUCCAGCGGCGGCUCCACCACCACCCAUAGCCACGCUCACAACAAUAAUAACAACAAUAACGCAGGGGGCGGAGGAGGAGGCGGUAAAAUGGAUGGCAGUCCUCAGCAUCGGCCCGGAUCUCGAAAUGGACGCGACAACUGGAGCAAAAUGCCGGAGCCGCUCAAUGGCCACAAGGCGGACAAGUCGGAGAAGUCCUCGCCAUCCCGCCGCAGUAUGGGCGGUGGCAGUGGUAGCUCCUCCAAGCAAGGCUCGCCCUCGUCCUCCUCGCGGACAAAGGGCGUGCCACCGAGCUUUGGCUAUGUAAAGCGGGCCAAUGGCAGCAUUACGUCGACCGCUGAGCAGCAGAACAUAGCCAUGCUGAUGGCAGCCGGUGCAGCUGGGGCGAGCAUCAAUGGACUACCCUGCGGGCGGACCGCUCACGUUUCGGCAGUGCCAAGAACCGCAAGCGGUAGAAAAGUGGCCGGCGGGACUCAAACUCUGCCCAAUGACACGAACAAACUGCCGCCAAAUACUCAGCAUCGCAGCUUUUCACUGACAGGACCCACGGCCACCCAACUGAGCCAAUCCAUCAGGGAGCGCUUGGCCACAGGAUCACACAGUUUGCCCAAGCCAGGCAGCGAUCUGCACAUAUUUCAGCACAGGAUAUCCAAUCGAGGUGGCACCCGACACGAUGGCUCCCUCUCGGAUACCCAGACCUAUGCAGAGGUCAAGCCGGAAUACAGUUCAUAUGCCAUGUGGUUGAAGCACAGCAACACGGCCGGAAGUCGACUGUCUGACAGCGAGUCUGUCGAGCAGCUGCAGAUCGGUUCACCGGCAAUGACCAGACAUGGCCACAAAAUGAUCCACAAUCGGUCGGGUGCACAGAUGGCCCCAUCGGGCAACGAAUCGCCCUACGUGCAGAGUCCCCGCAUGAACCGCAGCAACAGCAUAAGAUCCACGAAAUCCGAGAAAAUGUAUCCCUCGAUGCUGAGCCGUGGAGGUGAAGUGGAAAUUGAGCCAUACUAUUGCCUGCCCGUGGGCACAAAUGGCGUGCUCACCGCUCAAAUGGCAGCUGCCAUGGCGGCUCAGUCGCAGGCGGUGCAAGGCCACCCGGGCGGAGUGGGUGGCGUGGCCUGGAGCCAGCCCACCUCGCCAACGCCCCUCGCUCGCGGCUCCUUUACUUCAGCUGCUGUGGCAGCCGCCUCGGUGCUCUCGCCCACCCACGGCUCCUCUGCGGUGGUGGCUGGUGCAGGUGCAGGUGCAAUUGUCGGUCAUCGGCUCACAUAUCCCAAGAAAAAUGAUGAAGUUCACGGCAGUGCCGCCUCUUUGCUGUCCGGAGGCAGCUCCUUGUAUGGCAACGCGGAGGAGCGACAGGCGCACGAGAUCCGGAGGCUGAAGCGUGAGCUGCAGGAUGCACGGGACCAGGUGCUCAGUCUGAGCAGCCAGCUGUCAACAAACGCCCAUGUGGUCACUGCCUUCGAGCAAUCGCUGUCGAACAUGACCAACCGGCUGCAGCAGCUGACGGCGACGGCGGAGCGCAAGGACGGCGAGCUGACGGACAUGCGCCAGACCAUCGAGCUGCUACGAAAGCAGUCAAUCCAGGCGGGCCUGACCACGGCGCACAUGCAGAGUAUGGGCGUGCAGACACAGGGUCACAGCCAGAGCCAGGCUCAGGGUCAGGGCCAAGCCGGGGACCAGAAGCCACCGCCAUCGGGUGCCCAUCGCCCCAGCAAUGGCAACGGCAGCGGGACAGUGGGUCUGGGAAUGCAACGCCAACACAGCACGGACUCCAUGUGCUCGCUGAACUCCAUCAGCUCCGGCUGCUCCGCUGCCCAGGAUAAGAACAAGGCCAACAAGAAGAAGGGCUGGCUGAGGAGCAGCUUCACCAAGGCCUUCUCCCGCAACGCCAAGAUCUCUAAGACUAGCCGUCAUGUGGGCCACCAUCACCAGCACCACAACCAAAGCCAACAGGAUCCGGCUUCGGGAAAGCUGCCCUUGCCCAAUGGCCAUGGAGAGCUGUUGGGAUUGGCCUCUCUGGCCACACAGCCCGCUCCUCCGUUGCCCAAGAGCAACCAAAGCAGUCCCGCCAAGACACUCACCCUAAUAGAUAACGCCAAACCCAUUGAUGCCAUCGAGCAGGAGGAUCAGCAGGUGGUCGAGGACCUCAAAAAGCAGCUACGCGAGAAGGAUCUUGUCCUCACCGAUAUACGCCUGGAGGCCUUGAGCUCAGCUUCCCAGCUGGAGAGCCUCAAGGAAAUGAUGAACAAGAUGCGGGCGGAGAUGAUGUCCUUGAAGCAGAACAACGAGCGCCUCCAGAAGCUAGUAACAACGCGUUCCCUGGCCGGAUCCGAAGCGAGCUUAGGCCAGGCCAUCAGUCCGAAUGGAUCGGUGGCCGGCAGCUCUGAGGUGUCACGUCGCUACUCCCUGGCUGAUAGCACCAAUCGUCCUCCGAUGGACCUGCCCGCCCGUCUCAGCGAGGAGCUUGAGCUGGAGGAGGAGUGCUUGCCGCCAGCCCCAGCACCAGAGCCGCCACCACCACCGGCUCCCAAUGGCGUUAACGUAGCUCCCCUGAGUCCCAGCACCCACAUAGACCUCACCCCGCCCCCACCCGCACUGGAGGCAGCCCCGCUAGCCAGUCCAGUGCACAUGCCCAGUGCCACGGAGGAGCUGACCGACGUGUGCGAUGGUAAGAAGAUCGCCAUUGCCUGCUACCUGGGCCAGCCGGAUGCCUUUGCCAAGUACUGUGACGAGCUCCAAGAACUGGAUGGCUUCUAUGCCAACGGACACGAGGCGGAUGCGCAUUCCCAGGGCGAACGAAAGGCGAACUUCGCUGCCGCCAGCUGCAAUGAGUUCGUCAUUGCCUGCACCUACAUCUCCGGCAAGACCACGUGGCAGAACCUGGACUACGUGGUGCGCAAGACCUUCAAGGAUUAUGUGGCGCGCAUCGAUCCGGGCACCAAUUUGGGCCUAAACACGGACUCGAUCACCUCGUACCACUUGGGCGAGGCUAAAAGGGGCCCGGAGAUGGGCUUCCCCGAACUGCUGCCCUGCGGCUACAUCGUUGGCAGCGUGUGCACUCUGUAUAUCUGCCUGCAGGGCGUGGGCAGCCUGGCCUUUGACAGCCUCAUCCCGCGCAGCAUUGUGCACCGAUACAUCAGUCUGCUCACGGAGCACCGCCGUCUGAUUCUGUGCGGACCAAGCGGCACUGGGAAGUCGUACUUGGCUCGCCGACUGGCCGAGUUUCUGGUGGCUCGAGCAGCACGCGGUAACCCUUCAGAGGCCAUCGCCACGUUCAACGUUGACCACAAAUCCUCGAAGGAUCUUCGUCAAUAUCUGGGCCACAUUGCCGAGCAGGCGGCCAUAGCCAACGGCGCUUCGGAGCUUCCCUCUGUGAUCAUUCUGGACAACCUACACCAUGCCUCGGCGCUAGGCGAUGUCUUCUCCUGCCUGCUGAGCGCCGGUCCGGCGAAUAAACUGCCUUGCAUCAUUGGCACCAUGUCGCAGGCCACCUGCAACACCACCAAUUUGCAGCUGCACCACAACUUCCGAUGGGUUCUUACAGCUAAUCACAUGGAGCCCGUUAAGGGCUUCCUGGGACGCUUCUUGCGGCGCCGCCUCUUCCAACUGGAGCUCCAGACGCAGCAUGCCCAGCCCGAGCUGGCGGCUGUCCUGGCCUGGCUGCCCUCCGUGUGGCAACACAUCAACAGGUUCCUUGAAGUACACAGCUCCAGUGAUGUGACCAUCGGCCCGCGACUCUUCCUCGCCUGCCCGCUGGAUCUGAAGGACUCCCAGGUAUGGUUUACCGACAUCUGGAACUACCACCUGUCGCCCUACCUUGUGGAAGCGGUGCGCGAGGGUGUGCAGCUGUACGGACGCCGGGGUGGUGCCUGGAACGAUCCCUCGGCGUUUAUCAGGAACUCGUAUCCUUGGCCCUAUGGACCGGACUCGGUGCCCCCCUUGCGGCAGAUCAAUGCCGAGGAUGUGGGCCUGGAGGGCGUGGCUCUGACCAACGGCGAGCAGCAGGAUCCCUUGCUCAACAUGCUGAUGCGCCUGCAGGAGGCGGCGAACUACUCAGAGGCUCAGGAUCAGGAGUCCGACUGCGCCAGUCUGGACUCCAACGUCACGCCCGAUAGUUCGGCGGGUGCCGAGUAAAGAGCCCCAAAGACUAACCUCUUCGUACAUGCCAAAUUAAGAAGGACUAACUUACGGAACACACCGCGGGCCGCUCACCUUGCUUGCACUCCCAAAACCCCCACACAAAUGGGAUUUCUUGCACUACUUUCGCAGGCUCUUUCAAAAGAAGUUUCAAGGGGUCUCCAUUUGCACCACCAACCCAUUGAUAUCCCCUCCUUCCGUAAAUAAAUUGCACUUUUUAGCGCACUUGUUAAAAAUGCAAAUUGUCCAGGUCCCAAAUCGUAAAGCUGAAGCACUAACCACUUCCAAAUGAGUCUACGGUCCCGACGGCGUUCCCGAAGUACCCAAAACUCGAGAGAGAAAACCUUAACUAACAUUAAAUGUUAUUCAGAAAAGAGAAAUUACACGUUUUUGUAUAUAGAACCAAGGAAAUCCCCUAUGCUUAAGUGUGAGGCUGCUCGGCGGCUUCGGUGACUUUUUAUACCCUUUAUCCUAGCCCAGCCCCGGCAGAUCAUAUUGAAACAUAAAGUAACCCUACACAUAAAACUAUUGUAAAUGUAGCCGUAAGUUUUUGCUACUACCAAUUUACAAGAUGUAUAUUCGAUGGAAAAAGCUUUCACUUUAGUUUAAUUAUUUGCGUAAUCAUCAUUAAAUAUUGUUACAAACAUAUGUCGUAUUUAUAAACCCAAUGAAGCAAGUACCAUUUAAAUAUUUAUUAUGCCAAGCCGCGCUUAAACACAGGAAUAUGGGAACGUAAAUACGUAAUGCUCCCCUACCUUCAGAUAAUAGCUAAAUUAACACCCAUCCCCAUCAGAAUAUUAACUACAUACACUACCAAUGCGAGCAGUAAAACUAUAGGAUGCGAUUUAACGAACGCGUGUCUCUGUCUAAUUUAAAUGUGUGCAUUUAUGGAUUAUGACAUCAAAUCAAAAUAAAUUAAAUAUCAAACUCAA